UCGUACUUCGCUACUUCCAGUCUGUUUCUUGAAUCCGGGCCCGGUUUUGUUCCCUUUCGGCAAGCCAAAGCAUAUAAGACAAUUGAAAAGUAUAUCACAGCAAAGAACGAACAACAGUAAACAUAGUGACUUCAUUUCAUACUUAAGAGUUCAAAAUUCGUUUAAUCAAAAUACCUUGGGUUUUUGUGAACAAGACCUUUAUUCAAACAUGAGUGCGUGCGAAUUGACUUUGAAAUAAUCAAUACUGCAGCACAGUAAAAAGAGAUGGUAGAACAGCCGAACGUGGCUGACAAGGCGAAGGCACUCCUCGUGGAAAGGAGGCUUUUAUUUUUCUGCACCUGUCUAGUCGGAGCUGCCACCCUGAUUUGGGUGAUUGCGGUCAAUACGCAGGGCUGGUUCACCGUCGCUGCUCAAGAUCAGAGUUACGGCAUUUUCAUAAACGAAACUCAACGGUUUUUCCUCCGAAGUCGAUCCGGACUCUUCAGGAUAUGCAGGGUCGGGAAAAAAAACCAAACAGCUAAGCCUAUCGAAAUAUGCAGGUCACACGAGAUGUUCCCCUCUGACGACAAGAUCAGAACUGACCCGUCUUUGGACAGAACGAUACUAAAUUACACGAGAACCGAGAUGUUCUUUUCUGUAGUAAGCGUUUUGUUGAUGCUGAUGGGCUUUCUUUUCUCAAUCUACACUUUCAGAAAUCCUCGUUAUAUGUUCAAGCGGCUGGCGGCCGGAGUUCACUUCUUGUCAUGUGCAUCUGUAAUCGUCGUGCUUGAGGUGGUCAUCAAUUCAAUCUAUUACGAAAAAGCACAUUUGCCUUUCGUGCAUCCUAGGAGGGCCGUGUAUUAUUACGGUUAUUCGUUCUACCUUGGCUGGUUGGUCUUCGCCUUUAACGCCGUCGCAAGCAUUGCUUUUCUGGUUUAUUCGAAGAAAAGGAAAGGUGACAAAGCACUGACCGAAGAAAUGGCUAUGGCUGACGAGCCGACGAUAAUUGGAAGAUAAUACGCAAGUUCUUUAAGAAAAAUAAUAAUAAAAAAAAUAUAAUAAAAAAUAAAUAAAAGACUUAAUAUAAGUGCUUCGCAGCGUUUUAUUUUAAUUUUUUAUUUUUUAUUAAAUAAGAACUUAGUUUUAAGCUUUCAGUUUGUAACAAUGGGCUACAUAUUAUGACCAUUGCUAGAUUUUUUCGUUGUAGCUUUCAUUCAAAUUAUUUGCGUAAAUCACAACUAUUAAUUUUGAAUGUCAUACUGUCCAUUGUACUUUUAUAUAUACUAAGGAAAAUCAACAUUAAUCUUCAACAAAAAUACUGAUACAAUACUAUAACCAAUUAUUUUUUAAAUUAUGUAAGUGGAUUGAGCUCUUCAAUUGUAAAACAUAAUUUUAGGCAAAAACUAGUCAAAACCGUUUAAGUUUAAAUUUGGUGCCACAAGCAAAAAAUAUAUUUUUUUUAAAUUCCGUGAUCUCAGUUACUGUGGAGAUGAACGUUUUUAUUUAGUCUUUUAUAUAUACUAUAUAAAAUAGAAUAGAAUAUUUUAAUAUUUUUACUUUCGGAUAAAGCGGAUUGUUGCGCAAUAAAAUAAACAAAUAAAUAAAUAUAUUCCCUAUUAUUCAACAAAAUGUACAAGUUCCUCUUGCUCUCUCUGAUUUUGUUUAUUUGUGAUAUUUUUUUAAAAGUUAGUAACUGUUUAGAAAAAUAAACUUUAUUGCCGAAAAACUAGAUAAAAAUAAAUGUAAUUUAUAAAAGACAUUAUUGUUAAUUGUUAUACACCUAAUAAAUGUAUAUAAAAGACCGUAUACAAUAAUUGUUAUGGGAAUAAAAAACUCAUAUGUAUGUAUUACGCAGAAGUAAAUAUAUAUUUACAUAUAUAUAUUUAUAUUUGUA